AUGGCAGACACGUCCAAGGAAAAUUCUCUUGGUCUAGAGUUCAAUAAUCUUUCGAUAAAAGACGAGUCAGCCCAUCCUCCAGAAUCCGGCUCUACGUCUCCAGCCACAGAAACUGCAGCUGUUCAAGAGGGUCAAUCGCCCUCAACUGAUGAGCCCGUUUCACCAAACGCCCCAAAAGAUGCGAAAGAGUCUAAAGAAAAGAAGAGACCAUAUGUAAAUCCUGACCGCUUCAAGACUGGCGGAAAUCAACGAGACAAACUUAGCGAAGAAGAGCUUGUAGAACGAAUGGAACGUAUGAGGCAACAAAAUGAGAAGAUUAAACAACGGAGAUUGGAUGUGCAAGCAGAUGAGGACGCUUUCCAUAAAUCGCAGCAGGAGGAGAAAUCAAGGCAGCUGUACAACCGCAAAGUACAGGACAAUGUCGAUCGAACACGUGAACAAAACGCGAAAAGGAAAAUGGAGAAAGUGCAAAGCAGAGAGUGGGAUUCAGGUAAACCUAGUCCGGAUUGGAAGGGAAAGAAGGUUGAGGGUGCGGAUAACGAGGAACCACAACAACGGGAUUCUGGAGGAUGGUCAAGGGGCGGUCGUGGGGGAAGGGGACGAGGUGCUGUUGGACGAGGUGCUGGACGAAAGCGAGAACCUGGCACAGAGACCGCGAAGCUUACUGAAAUUACAACGGAAACAACGACGCCGACUCCCCAAGCAGCAGGGACUGAAACCAAGGAAUAG